AUGGACGAUCCAGAGCGCGAGCGUGAAGAUCUGGCUCGGCGGCGUCUAGAUGUUGAAUAUGACCGAGACCGUGAAGAGCUCCUUGUACGAGAUCUGCGGGAAGACCUUUUGCGAAGAGAAAUAGAGCUUGAACGACUCCUUGAACCGGAGGAUGAAGAGGAGUUCCGCGAACGGGAGCGCGAGGCACUACGACGCCUUUCCUUCCCUUUUGUUCGAAUUCUUGAGCGAGAGGAUGAGCUAUCUGAAUCUGAAUCUGAGUCCGAGUUCGAAGAGGAAGAUGAACUGUCAGAAUCUGAGGACCUAAGCCCAAUGUUCAAUAACCAAAAUGACCUUUAUAUGCUUCCAAGUGACAAUCAAGAGUUCGAACGACUCCAAAAGCAACAUUACGCGUUUGUGCUGACUGCGGGAGGCUUGACGCCGUGUCAAGAUCUAGUCGAAAGCAUACUUCGCCCAUCCGAUAACGGCGAACCACGUUCUGUGCUCGAUCUAGGCUGUGGCUCCGGUAUCUGGGCCAUUGAGAUGGCUAGAGAGUAUCCAAAUGCCUCGAUUGUGGCGUUAGAUCUAGCUCCCGCACCGAUUGAUGCUGAAAACAUUCCUCCAAACUGUCGCUUCGAAAUUGACGACAUCAACCUGGGCCUUUCACACUACCACGGCGACUCCAGAUUCGAUGUUAUUCACGCGCGAUGCAUUGGCAGCGGGAUUAAUAACUACGCGAACAUGAUGCGAGACGUAGAGGCCUGUCUCAAGCCAGGUGGUCUCGUCAUCUUCAUUGACGGUGACAUGCGGAUGUACGAGGAAGAUUGCGUGACACCAGUCCCUGUGGGUCAAGAAGACGAGAACGGCGUGGAGAUUGGCAAAGGAUCUUGGUUGCACAGAAUUGCGCGAGAGGUCAGAUAUGCCGCCAUAUACAAAGGAAGUGAUGUACCAGGUUUGGAAGACUGUAUCGACCUGGGUCUUUUCGGACACCCGCUUCUGGAACCAUCGUCAAUCCGCGCCGCUACGAUGUACACCCCCAUUGGGUCGUGGCCAGAGUCGUCCAACGAUUCUGAGCAACAAAACCUUCGUUAUGCCGGCUCUUUGAUGCGGCAGGACCUUAUGCAAGUCUCUCGUGCGUGGCAUCCCAUCCUCAAACUGUAUGGUAUCGACCAAGUGACCCUCAACCGUUGGUCAGAACGGGUCGAUAAAGAGCUACUCGAAUGCAAGUUUAAGAUGCUCAUGCAUUGGAGAGCUACUUGGGGCCGGCGGAAACUUGACGAUUUUGACACGCAGCCGACUGUUGCGCCAUCCAGCCACGGAGUCAAAGAGCCUUCUACUUCAUCCGGAGGGCCACCUCAUGCCUACAAUUUCUUCAGAACGUUUACGACUGCUCAGGAGGCUUCCGCGUUUCGCGAGCUCCGAACAGAAAAGGCAAAGCAUCUACCUCUGCCACUGGUGGUCAAAAUGUACGAAGAAGCUCAGAAUGCGGUCUAA